GGAGAAGGAGGAGGAGGAGGAGAAUUGUAGGUCCUUCGGGAACUCUUUGAGCUUGGUGGUUUUCUUGCAGACGUUUCAUGGCCCAACUAGGUGAAACAAAACAGAAAUCGCUGCUAAGGUCUCCAUCUUGGUUUAAUUCCAUGGUAUAAUCGUCCUGCCAAUUAUAAAUUUAGAAUUCCGGAACCUCUCCUUAGUCACCCUCUUACAGAGCAACCAUCCCAAAUGUGGCAAUUGGUUCAAAUUUAGCAGCAGGAAACGCAAGUUCCCCUUUUGUUCCAUUUCGAAAAGAAAAAUGUUUUGGGAGGAUCAAGCGAUGGAGUAGCUCCAGAUGUUUCUCCUGCUGUUACUGGCAUGGCUUCCUUGAGGUCCUCCUUGACCAUCCUGGGUCCAUUGCAGCUCUCAUUCCUCCUACUUAUCCAAGACCUGAGGAUGUGUUCAUUUCAGAAAAUAGUGGUUGGUGAUUCCGACCUAAAUAUCGAACCUCAGAAACCCGAGUCCACCUUCGUGCAGGUCACAGGAGGCAAGACCCUCACUCUCAACUGUACCCUGACUCCGAUGGAUCUGCCAACCAGUGCAAGAUGGUACAAAGAAUUGAGCAAUAACGGCCGGAAGUUGAUUUACAAGGAGAGUGACCCAAAUUCUCGCGGGGUGAGGCUCGUUCCAGGAUCGAGAACCGACUUCAGCAUCAGCCUCAGCAACAUGGGCCCUGAGGAUAAUGGGACCUACCGCUGCCAAAUGAUCGAUAAAGUUCUCCAAAUGGGAGAAUCUAGUAUAAAGAAACAGGUUGCGGUCUAUGUGACAGUUCCUCCCCUGGUGCGUCUUGAGACCAUCCCGCCUUCUCCCGUCCAGCUGAACGCCUCGGUGAUGGUCACUUGCAAAGCAGAAUAUUUUUAUCCAAACGUGGCCAAAGUGGACUUGUUUUGCAAGAAUCCCAGCGGUAAAGGAAAGCCUGGCGUGGCAACUUUUAAUUCAAACAGGACGUACUCCCGCCAGAGUUCCCUGAAGAUCACGGCCACCCAAAAUUGGAACUUCUCGCUCUUCACUUGUCUGGUUAAACAUAAUUCGACGGUAUUUAAGGCUACAGCAAGACUGGUUAUUACGACAGAAGUGGGAGAAGGCUCACUGCCACAAUCCACGAUGGGUCUCUGUUUAGGCCUUUUCCUGAACAAAAUAGGUCUGGUUUUUUUCUUCGUGGGUCUUUUCAAAAUAAGGCUACGUGGAUGUUGCGUUGCGAGAGCCAAGGCUGAAAUUCCGAUUUAACAACUUAUUCCCGACGACAUUCUGGAUGGGAGAAGAUCUGCCGGGAAAUCAAUAAGAAUGCUUUUGUAAA